AUGAACGCCAGUACAAGUGCAAGUGCAUCGCCCGAUAAGGCUGCGAUACAGCGAGCUUCGAAGAGUAGCACCGAAGCAAUCACUGGUGAUCGUAAUUUCGUAUACGAUGAUAACGCUCCUUCCUCGCAGGAGUCAUCGACUUCUUUCAACAGCCUCACGGAAGACUUUCUCUACGAGAUUGAAGGAUCUAUCUGCGCUAGCCCUAUUGACUCCAGUAUUACUUUGAGCAGCUUCGAGCUCGACAGUGUCGACAUAGGGGACGUCGUUGUCCAGGCUAAUGGUGUAGAGUGGUUAAUUCGAAUAUGUUUCUGCGACAGCGCUAGCUGCUGCGGAAAGACUGUUGCACGAUUGGAGAGCGGGGCUAGGAACCUAGUGAGGAAGUCGGCAUGGCGAAAACGUGUAUAUGCGAAAGAUCAUGUGGAAGAUGUUGAGGAAGAUUGUAUCGUUUAG